UGUGUGUGUGUGUGUAAGAUACUAUAAUGGUUCUAACCAAGCUCCCUGGACGAGCCACAUGAUGAACGGCAGCAAUGAGGACUACAGUCAGGACUUUAUUCCUGACUUCCCGUAUGAACCUGAUGCCUUCGACGAGGACCUGCUCAGGGCGAACCCUCAAGGCGGACCGACCCAGAUGAGUCCGAUGGGAACGCCGGGCGCCAGCCGGCGAGGACGCCAGCUGCCCAUCCUCCCGCCCAAAGGAGCGCCGGAUAAAAUUUUGGCCACGCCUGCUGCAGGAGCACCAAUUGCAACUGUAGCUCCUCCCACUCCACAUCAACAGGCCCCUCCCCCUGUCAGCAAACAAGCCCCUCCUCCCCCCUCUGCCAAUCCUAUACCACCUCCGCGUAUACGAAUCCAAGCCCCGCCUCCUUCUGGACCCACCAACCCCCAACCACCCCAAGUCCAAACACCAGCUCCAGUACCAGCCCCUCCUCUGGUACAAGCCCCGCCCCCAGCUCCUCCUCCGGUACAAGCCCCGCCCCCAGCUCCAGUACCAGCUCCUCCUCCGGUACAAGCCCCGCCCCCAGCUCCAGUACCAGCCCCUCCCACGGUACAAGCCCCGCCCCCAGCUCCUCCUCCGGUACAAGCCCCGCCCCCAGCUCCAGUUCUAGCUCAAGCCCCGGCACCAGUUUCUGCUCCUGCUCCGGUAGAAGUCCAAGCCCCGCCCCCAGCUCCUGUUGCAACUCCUGAACCAAUCGUACCCCCUGCUCCAGCUCCUACACCUUCUCAAGCCCCGCCUCCUGCUCCUCCUGUAGUCCAAUCACUGCCAGCUUCUGAAUCUACCGUUCCCCCAACACUGGCACCAACACCGGCACCAACACCGGCAGCAGCCGCGCCCCCACAAACUCCAGAGCAAGACAGACGCCCAUUGACUCCUGGAGGAACCAGAAAAGAGGUCACAUGGGAGGACCAGCUGAAAACUGCCAAUGGUGUGAUGAAGCAGCCGUCCAAGAUGGGGGACAGUCUGUCCUUUAAAUCUACAGACAGUGAUGUCAGCGAUGUGUCUGUCCUCAGGAUCAGUGGGGCGGAGCCUCUCGAGGGCCAAUCCGAGGAGUUGGGGGCGGGGUCAGAGGGAAGACAGGAAACGUGGUGCCGGCCGGGGGCGGAGCCACGCUGCUGGCCAGCGAAUCAGAGGCGGAGGAGUCUGAGCCGGAGACGGAGACGGCCCCUGCAAAGAUGCCGCCAGGCACGCCGGGCGCCAAGCCGCCUGGCACCGGAGAGGUUUGUUCUCUGAACCGAAACAACGACGAUGACGACGACGACAAGAAGAAGCGCACGGGCAUGGCAGCCAUGAUGCUGGGGAUGAUCGGGCUGGGGAAGAAGAACCAGAACACACAGGUCAACCCAGAGGGUCAG